AUGGGAAAUUACGUCUCAUGCACUCUCUCGGGCCCCGCCGGGAAAGGUUCAAGCAGGGCUACAAAGGUCAUUUUCCCCUCCGGCGAGCUGCGGCCGCUCCACGAGCCGACGAAGGCGGCGGAGCUCAUGCUGGAGGUGCCAAAUUCCUUCGUCGUGAACACCAAGUCUCUCCAGAUCGGGAGGAGAUUCCACGCGCUGAAUGCGGAUGAGGAUCUGGAGAUGGGGAAUGUGUACGUGUUUUUUCCGAUGAGUAAGGUUAACGCGGUGGUGGCGGCGGCGGACAUGGGCGCUCUGUUCCUGGCGGCGAACUCCUCCGCGAAGCGAAUGUCGAGGGGGAGCGUGAGGAUCCUGCCGUGUAGCGGCGGCGGCGAUGUGCAGAUUGUGAAGAGCGUUGCUGAGAAAUCGGGUGAGCCGAAGCUCAAUUUCGACGAUAUUGAUGAUUUCUCGGUGGCGGAGUUCAAGCAGAGGGUGUCUUUCUGCAGAUCGAAGAAGCCGUUGCUGGAGACCAUUGCUGAAGAACCUGCUUUUGCUAGAUGA